ACAAAGAAGUACUAUUUUAUUUUAAUCCACAUUCAAAAUCUUUUGUGUGAAAGAAAAUUAUCUAAAACGACAGAAGCCACAUAUAACCAUCAUCAUGAAUCAGUUAGUUAUCCUAGCUAUGGUAGCGUGUAUCGCAAUGCCUCUGCCAACUGCUUCUGGUUUCUUUAACCAGAGACAAAGACCUCAGUCAAGACAAAGCGACACAGAUGUAGAUGCAAACGUAUCAUUGGAUUUGUCCUCUAUACUUCCAUUCGUGUCAAUGAUCAAAAGUCAAGUUAGAGACAUAAUAUCCGAACUGGCACUUCAAGUCUUCGAAUACGUAAGAAACAUCGCACAAAAUUUCAAAGUACGUUUACUAAGGAAAUUGGGCAAGUACACACUGUCUGAUGUCUUCCAUUUAAUGUUCGAUGGUGUUGUUGACUUCGUAAAAGAUGAAGCAGAAAUGAGCGAGAAACCUAAUGUCGCGGAAAACAACGUCACAGAAAAUACGACGAAGAAAAUCAAUGAAGAAGAUCAAAUAGACAAUGAUUCAAAUAAUAAAGAAGAACCAUCAGGAAAUUUCAUUCUUGAUAAUACGUACCCAUGGACGAUAUAUACUCAGUAGAAUUAUUUUA